AUGAACUUGACAAUUGCGCCAACGUAUCCAAACCUUUCCUCAAAUAUAACCACGACAACAAAUGCUACUUUAGGUGCAAACAAUCCGGCGAUGAAUAACAUCGACGGUUUUACAACAAGUGGAAUUGCGAAAGCUUUCUCCCUGGCACUUUUGAUAUUUAUUGCCAUUACUGGCAAUCUUGUCGUGUGCAUCAGUUUUACGAUGUUCAGGAACCUUCGCUCCAUAACACACUAUUUUCUCGUCAGUCUUAGUAUAUCUGAUAUUCUUGUCGCUAUCUGUGUAAUGCCCGUGUAUUUAGUGUAUCAACUGCAUACACCACGACCAUACUUCACGCCUGACAAGAUUACCCUUCUAACAUUUUGGCAGAUAAUGGAUUUCUUCCUUUGUCUAACCAGUGUAUGGACACUAGCAGCAAUUGGUGUAGAAAGAAACCUGGCUAUAUCUCGGCCAUUCUACUAUACCAAGUGGAUAUCACCUAUCCGUGUUUAUAUCUCCAUGGCUUGCCUAUGGAUGUUUUCGUUGACAAUUUCUGUAACAACAGAGCUUAAUCCUUUUGGACAAAAAAGUCAUUUGAGUGUAUUUAUCGUGUCCACAAGCUAUUUCCUACCCUUCGUAAUAAUCUUAAUAAUGUAUGCUCAAAUCUGGCUCGUUGCUCGUCGUCAAACAAGGCGCUUACGUCAGGAUGGCGCCUUAGCAACGGACUUGAAAGCCAUUAAAACAAUCGGUAUUGUUAUUGGAACCUUCUUUGUAUGUUAUACUCCCAAUAUGAUUCUUCUUAUUUGGUUUCAUUUUGACGUGCAACCUGCGCCGAAUCUUGACAUAGUGACAACCGCAAAAUGGCUGGUUUAUUUUAACAGUUGUGCGAACCCAAUAAUUUAUUCAUGUUUUAACAAAACAUACCGCAGCGGGUUUAAAAGACUAUUCCAAACAAUUGUUAAGAAAUUACAUGAACUCCGUUCACGUGCCGGUGAUAGGAAGGCUCGCAAGUUGCAACGAAGUCGGUUGUCGUUGAACAUCACAAUGAGAAGUAGUGCAGGCUCGCUGUUGGAUAGUGCGAAGUUGCCCACCGGCCUGUCACGUGGCUCCAUUCAAUCUCGAGGCUCUAACCAAUCAGUGUCGCAAAAUGUAGUAAACGUUGUUGACACAAACGACCAGAUAGUAAACGUCGUUGACACAAACGAGCAGAUAUCUAGUAAACCAUCUGAAGAACCAACGUGCGAACCAGCAGAAAAUAUGGUUCAAGAUACGGAGCAGUAAGAAACAUUUGAUGUAACUUAUGGUGCUACGCCGCCACCAUGCACUGGUCGUCUUGCAUGGCUGUUUCCCGCCAACCUGAACAUAUUGUUUGUAUUACCAGUGGGGCAGACACACAUAGCUUGCCUCCACCAUGCACUGGUCGUCUUGCAUGGCUGUUUCCCGCCAACCUGAACAUAUUGUUUGUAUUACCAGUGGGGCAGACACACAUAGCUUGCCGCCACCAUGCACUGGUCGUCUUGCAUGGCUGUUUCCCGCCAACCUGAACAUAUUGUUUGUAUUACCAGUGGGGCAGACACACAUAGCUUGCCUCCACCAUAUGACCAUGCACAUUUUUUUGCUGGAAUCUCAGUUCGUUAAACUUUUUUUGCCUUAAAUUUCUGUGUCAACAUGAACGUAAAUGCAAGAAAAGUAUCUAUAAACGUUUCUCGAUAACAACACCUGCAAAAUAUAGACAACGUAAAGAGUCUAUGAUUUAAACUCGGUCUGUGGCAAAAACAGCAGAAAGUGCGGAUGGACAUGGAUUGAACUAAAAAUACAAUUAAAACUUUGACGUUUCCAGCGAAGGCUCUUCGUCAGGAAGUUUUUUUCAGGUAGUUGAAUUCUUAUCCAUCCGCAAUAAAUAGUCUAUGGUGUCGAAAUAAAACUGGAUUGAUAUCUGUUGUGUUCAAAAUGAAGCCGGUAGUCAGCCAUUGCUAAGGGGCCAACUGACAAACUUUCUAACUCCUAUAAUGGUUUUUAUCUCAAAAUAAAAAGGGUUCUGCUAUUGUGAAAGUCUGAAGACGUUUCAGAUUAAAUACAAACAGUUAUCCAGAAUUUUGUUUCCUUAGUUAUGGCGAAUCGCUAUUGUCUAUAAUAAUGUUUAACUGCCUUCAUUUUCUGCAAUGGGUUGCGAAUCAACAAUGGGUUUGCGCUCUCCAGACGUUUUUAGAGGUCAGUGACACUUUCCGCUAGAAUGUAAGCGGAUAUAUAUAAAAAAAUAAUCCUAUGGUAUGUAACCAUACGUUCGGUAUUCAUUAUUGAGGUGAUGGAAUUACUUUUUUCCAAGUAAUAAAGAUAAGAGUCUUAGCUGUCAAGUAACACCCUUUUGUAUCAUUUCGAUAAAAAACGGUCGAAAUCGCAUUUUUUCAUGUUUCGGAAUUAAAUGGUACUUUCGCAAUUUUCGAAUAUUUUACACCCUGUAUGAAAACAGUCCAGCAAGAGUCAACUUUGCCCACCGCCUGAAAAAGUGAAUUUCCGCAAUAUAGUGUCUACCUGGUUUUAUUGCCCAGAAUUGAUUUGUUGGGUAACAAUUUCGACAAUUUCCACUUUUGUGAAAGAUAUACGUAAUUUAUUCAGUAUUAUUAUUAUUAUUAUUAUUCAGCUGAGUAAAUCUCUCAGUUUGUUAUCAAUAAAGUUAAAAAAAUCAGCAGUCGG